AUGAGCAUCGUUGGAGAGCUAAGCUACUUCUUUGGGCUUCAAGUGAAGCAAACGGAUGACGGGCUGUUCAUUUCACAAUCAAAGUAUGCAAAAGAUCUUGUCAAUAGGUUUGGACUAGAUAGUAAAAAACAUACAAAGACAUCCAUGAGCACAAGUGUUAAGUUAGAUCAUGAUCUUACCGGUAAAAGUGCUAAUCAAAUAAUGUAUAGAAGUAUGAUAGGCAGCUUGCUUUAUCUUAUUGUCAAUAGACCUGACAUAACAUUCAGUGUUGGAUUGUGUGCAAGUUUUCAAGCUGAUCCUAAGGAAUCUCAUUUGAGUGCAGUGAGGCGUAUCAUUAGGUAUGUAAAUGGAACUGUGGAUCAUGGAAUCUCGUAUUCUAGAGACUCCAAUCUUGAUCCAGGUGGCUACUCCAAUGUCGAUUGGACUGAAAAUGCCGAUGACAGAAAGAAAACCUCGGAUGGUUGUUUCUAUUUUGGUUCUAAUCUCGUGUCUUGGAUGAGUAAGAAAUAA